GAGCUGCCAGUCAGUCGAGCCGCAAACUUCGAUGUCGCUGGAACGUAGUGGAUUUUCAAAUUUGACUUUGUUUUCUUAGAUAUAUGUUAUUUUGGGACAUACGAUGAUUUGAAAACGGUCCUGUAAAAGUAAGACUCGUGUGUCACUGUGCGACCAAGUUUUGUGAAUAAUUUCGUGCAAUUCCUUUGGAACAUCGGAAUGCACGAGGUACCUUCUUGUCAUUUUAGUAAACGAAGAUAAAUUGCCAGUAACAUAGUCAUGGAACUGCGAGGUUAAUUAAGGAAGAAAAAGGGAUUAUUUGCACUCUCGUCUGGAGCAUACAGUACAGUGAUUGUUUAAUUCAUUCGUGUUUUUUGUUUCGUCGUAUAUAUUGUGGAAUAGAGAAAUAUUUUGGUGAGAUGAUUUUGUGUUAUUCGCACCAGAUGAUAUAGUAUUGAUUUCGAGUUUGUUCUUGUUUGUUGUUUUUACUCGUGAUAUGUGAUUUUGGUGUUUCUUUCGUGGAUCUAUUUGUGAGAUGGGAUGGAAGAUACCGUGGAAGAUAAGGAUAAAGAACCUCACCAAUGGUAACAAGACUGUCAAUAAGUAAAACACAUUAUCGAGGAAUAGAGAACACACGUAUCGUUAUUGACAAUUUAACAAUGAAAACGACAAUAGGAGAGAAGUUGAGAAGAUCCUUUUUCUGAAAUAAUUACACGUAAAGCCUCCAAGAGGAGAAAGUCCUCGACAAUCAGUGAAGCAGCAGAACGAUCAGGUGUAUGGAAGCGUAACACGAGUUUUCAGGAUCUUUUAUCCUGUCAGCACGAAUUCCAAAGGAAAAUAAAGCGACAGACGAAUAAAUCGAAUAAAUUAUAUUUGGCGACCGAACUUCAGUGGCAUCGCAGAAUUUCAGAAGAGAACAACGGAUAAUUGCAUCGUCGAAAUAAAGGUGAAUAAUAUACAUAAGGAGAAAAUAGUUGAACUUUGCGCGAAGUUAAGGAGAACUUUAACGUCAGUAUCCUUUAAGCCGGUGGGCCUUUAGGCCCCGUCUAACAGUACUUCCUCGCGUUCUCUUGCUACGAGCCUCUUUCCAUCUCUUUCUCUUACUAUCCUUCUUUCACUCGUACAGAGUUUCUCUUGCUCUUCCCUUCUUUCUCUCUUAUUUAUUCCCCGAGCUUCUCCUCGUCUCCUCCUUUCUCUCUGAUCUCUCGAAGAACGGGACCCAUACUCGCGGGCCCCCGACGAAACAACUUCACGACAGACUCUGUGAGCGCCAAGGGUAUAUCCUGGUCCACGAAAACUCACAACAACCAAGAAGAGUACUAGUCCCAUUAACGCCGAGUCAGCGUAUAUUCAAAUAUAUGUAUAGUACCUGCGAGUAUCACGGAGUAAAACCCUUCGGCGCGAUGGGUCCGAUUCCUCUGUAAACAGGCCUCUUUUGCACCUGCCGGCACACCUCGAGAGAAGGAAAGGAAUCCUCCCGCCAACACCCCAUGGCCCAUCCUGUCAUGGGCCUACUCAGAUUUUUCGGUCUAACAAAACACUUCCAAGUUUUUUUCUUUCUUUCGUACCUAUAUUGAUUCUUAUGGAACGGAUGAACGUGCUUUGUGAAUUCUAUCUAUUCAACGAGUCAAAUUCUCUCGCAUUGUCAGCAUGUAGAAAGUCCUGCCUACUGGACUAUCUAUUGGCAAUAUUUACGAUCCAUGUGCCUGUGACUAAUAAACUUGCCGAGUGUACUGUUAACUGCGAAAACAGAAGGUUCUCAAUACGAAUCUUGGUGUUUUCUUGCAUUGGUUGCUAUUAACCUGUCAGAUCUGUCCAUCUGCUUGGUUGGCUGCCUGCUUGUCUGACGCUGCCGACAAUAACGUGACAUGCGCAACCAAUAUUAAUUUUCUUGUGAUACAUGUUAAAGUGAAAAACAACAAGGAAGUAAAAAAACAAACAAAGGGUUAUCCGUUCGUUUGGCGAUACUCUCAGAAGUGUGUGUUGAGUGUCGAAUAGUGAUAUGGCGAUGAUCUUUAACGAAUUACAUGGAUAAAUCUUGCGAGAGGAAGUGACAUCCAGUCGACAGGCCAAAGGAGAGAUGAAGACCACGCAGAGAGCAUGGAGUUUUAGCUUCGACGAGACGUCGAUGGAAAGCUGCCCUUUGGCGACCGUAACCGAAGGACGAGUCACGGAAACUCUGAGUGAUAUCUCCAAGGAUCCGGAAGAGGAAGUGACGUCAUUGGACGAAGCAAAAUGCGUAAUUGCAGCUUUGAGGGCGAGACAGAGGGCGCAGGCGCACCAGAUGCUCGCCUGGCGGCGGACACUCAAGCUACAAGAGGACCUAGUCUCAAGAUUGACCAGAGAGAAAGCCGAACAACUUAGAACGUUGUCCUCGCAGUUGUUACUUUUCGAAUCGAGACUCUGCCGGAAGCAAAAGGAGAUCGAAGCCAGCCUUAGUCAACGAGAAGCCAUUAUUCUAAGGCAGCAAAAAGUCAUUCGGCAACUUCAAAAUAGAUUAGCCGAGCGAAACUCGGGAACCCGAGAUUCCCCGCCAUGCGAUGCACUUGAUAGAUUAGACAGCCUUGGUGACAGCGAUAGCGCUGUCGUUCUGGAGGAAGCUGCUGAUGAUCCGGCCCCACUUAGGUUUCGUUCGAACAUCACCGACGUCACGGUGAUUCGAUCUGUAUCCGACGCUGUCGAGCCAUCCAGCAAGUAUUCCUCCAUGAGACGCUGUAAUGGGUUCCUGAGGCGGCCGGAAAUUCUGGAAACUGUGUACUCCGUGGAAGAAGAUGGCGACAGCGAGAACAAUCAGGAUCCAUCCGAGUCUACUGAGAAUUCCGAGUACGAGGUUCGAAGAGGCAAAAGCUUAGGUAGUGGCAAGGGGAAGCUUCAGGAUUUGUAUGGAAGUUUCGAGAGACUCGCUCAGGAAGCCGAUUCUCCGCCUAGUGAAAGGCCCAGAGAUGAGAGUCAGCAGGCUCAGGUUACGUAUAAUAGGGUAAUGAGUAAUCAUCGUUCAGUGACAAAACCAAAAGACGUGAAGUACAAGAGGAUAAAUAAGGCUAAAUCCAAGAGCCUCGAGGAGCUUCGCGGGAGAUUGAGAAAUUGGGUAGAAAAGGGAAAUAAAAUAGCUAUAUCUCUCGAUCAGUCGUAUGCCUGAAAAAUCGCGAAAAUAUAUAUACCUAUUAUUGCUAAAUUAUUUUCCUCACUAAGCACAUUAUAAACGUGCGAAAAUAAAAGAGCGAUGACAAUUGCCAGAACUUAUUUAUCUAGUUCAAUAAAGUCGAUUGGUGUCAAUCACGUUAUCGACUUGCUCGUUGUUGUUUCUUUUCUUUUCUUUUUGACUGUAAGACACGUCGUUACAAAAACUUGAUGUGCGACGCUAAUAGAGAAUGGUUUCAUUGAAAUUUUUCAUUGCUCCAUGUGAUAUUUACUGUAGUUUUCCGACUAAUCGCGCCUAGAUAACGGAGAGGAUAAAGGAUAUCGAUUGUCAAUCGAUAAUAAGAAAAUAACAAUCGGUUAGAUAUAUGGAAGAUCGAAAAGAUAUGUGAUAUAAUUUCUUUUCUUUACCUGUGCAGCGGUUAUUUAGUGUUUAUAAUGGUCUAUCGUAUUUAUACUUUACAAUCUGUAAUUCACAAUAGGACGCGAAGAGAGCCGAAGAUACACGAGAUGGUAAUCGGGAUCUCGUAAUUUUGUAAUCUUUGUCUAUCGUUCAUAUUGUGAAAAAAAGAAUUUAAAUUGUGAAGCGCAAAAGGCAAAAGAAAAUAGCAGGAAAUAAAAGAAAAACGUUAGCACUGCCACUUUUGGGCGUUUCGAAUAUUUCUUAGUCUGUUUAUCGUUAUUAUUAUUUAAAAUUCGAUAGCAAGAUAUUUUUUAUUCCUGAUGUUUGUCUACUAUCAAUAUACUAUUUUGAUCUUUCUUACAUUUAAUUCUUUACGAGACUAAAUGACGGCCUGAUGAUUACGCGUAAAUCGUGGCAUCGAAAAAGUGGCGCUUAUCAUUAAGUCAAAAAUCCCUUUGGUCAAUUACAGUUAUUGCAGAAUAAUUACUUAAAUGUGUCAAUAAAAUUCUGAAGAAAUAGAUCAAAGAGAAGGAGCUAAGCUCAAUUUAUUUCGAAAGAAUAAUCAUGCUGUAACGAUUCUCGACUCGGCUUUUUGUAUCUUUUUUCGAAAUUGACUAUUAAAUAUUAAGGAAAAUGUAAACGAAGUAUUUCAAAGCGGCGCCAGGCCCCAGUUUGAAUAGCAACUUCAUUGUUCGCGUAAAGGCAUAAUUUUCUCAUCCAAUAUUCAUUUCCUCUAUUUCGAAUUAUCUCUCGUUGAUGAAUUGAGGGGAAGAAUAAAGGGGUAUAAUGCUCAUGUGUACCUAAAUUCGAAUACGUAUAUAUAAUUAUACACUGAUACGUAAAUAUAUUUAAAACUAUAUGUGAUGUUUUGCAUUUCUCACUCCGCAAUGAUUGCCAUUCUAUAAAAACCCACUCGCAUAGUAUAUUGUCUAACGGUCCUUGGUACCAAAUAAUUUUGCGGAGUAUUUGAUCUUGAUGAAAGGUGACAUAUAUGCUUUCUUUUUUUUUCUCUUCUAACACACUCCUGGCGACGGAAUAUUAAUGAAUCAGCGGGUGAGAGCAAGUGACAAUCCGUAUUUUUCAAUUAUGAAAUGCGAUACAGUAGGAAUGCCAGAGGGAUGGGUAUGUCGAUCCUAAUUCUCCUCUUAUUUUUUGUAAAUAUAUAUAAUAUAAUAUAUAUAAAUUGCACUGGCGCGUAUUAUUUUUGAGGUGCCCAAUGGAGAAAAUGAAAAAAAUAAUGAAAUAGUGUCACGACGUCUUUAAAAACUGUAUAAAUAGAUAGCUAAAGCCCUUUUUUCCCCUUGGACAUUCGUAAUUGUUAAUUCUUUAUGUUCCUGUGGCCAAACAGCCAUCGAGCGAUCUCUUGAAUAUCAUAUACAUAUACAUACAUACAUACAUGGACGCAUGUACAUACAUCCUGAUACUAAACACCGAAGCUAACAAAUACUCGCACGAAUUUUCAAAAUAUUCGAUUCAAGGAAAGAUUUUUUAUUAUUGGGUCGUCAAAGAUGAAAUUUGUAGUUAUCAACCAACUUUGCCUAUUUUUCUACAAAUUUUAUCCUUGACGACCCAAUAUAAUCGGACUAUCCGUUCAUGGUAUAUAUAUUGCCAAAUCAGAGGAAACUAUGUACAUAUAUAUACUAAAAGGUAUAUAUGUAUAUACAUGAGAAAUUAAAAAUUCUGUGAACUUCUGCGUGACUUUGCAAUGCUAAACAUUAGAAUAAGCAACUGAGAAGAUGCUAGUAAAGAGGAAUUUUAUGGGACUUUAUAACUGACAGAUACUGGGCACUGUAGACACAGGAAAGAUGCUGUAAGCAGGACAAAAGUUCUGGAGGGGCUUUUUAUGCCAUAUACAUAUAAUACUUCGUCUCAGACGCAUAAAUGCACGUGUGCAAGAAAUAGUCCUCUUUACCAGUAUAUCCUAUGUGUAGCGAGUGUAUCGGAGCAAAAAAGAGAUUACGCAAGUCGAUUAACUUUAAUUUAUAUGAAAUGAUAUAACGUGUAUGCCGUUGCUUUAUUAGCAAAUUCGUAGACUGCUAUUGAUAUUAAUAAUUAUUGUAUUAUUUUAAUGAAUUAAUUAUUAUUGAAUCACGAAUAAAUUAUAGUACUGGAAA